GGCAAGGGCCACACUACAGCACCGAAAAUCCGCUCAACGAAACGUCGCGAUGUCAGCCAAGUCACGAGUCAACACCUCCGGUAACAAGCUGAAGAUGACCCUCGGUCUGCCAGUCGGUGCGGUCAUGAACUGCUGCGACAACUCGGGUGCCCGUAACCUCUACAUCAUCUCCGUCAAGGGCUUCGGUGCUCGUCUCAACCGUCUCCCGGCUGCAGGUGUCGGCGACAUGGUUAUGGCUACUGUCAAGAAGGGAAAGCCAGAACUCCGAAAGAAGGUCAUGCCUGCUGUCAUUGUGCGCCAGAGCAAGCCAUGGCGCAGAGCAGACGGUGUCUAUCUGUACUUUGAGGACAACGCAGGUGUCAUCGUCAAUCCUAAGGGUGAGAUGAAGGGCUCUGCUAUUACUGGACCUGUGGGCAAGGAGGCUGCAGAGCUUUGGCCGCGUAUUGCCUCCAACUCCGGUGUUGUGAUGUAAAAGGCUGGAUUUGGGAAAUGCUGAAUGACUGGGACUUUUUCAUGCAUAAGGAGCCGGCGGCUCAGUGUACAGCCACCGAGCUGGCGGGAGAUAACUUACUGGUCUCAAAAUACAGAUCGCGCUUCAUGAGUUCAAUGUUGCUCCUUUUCCAGUUUCGACGAUGUUCUUGCUGGGCUGUGACCGCCUGGACUCAGCGCCAAGGCAGCCAAGCCGAUGAUAAUCACAGUCGCUGGGCCAAAGAUCUGUCCUUAGCUCCGUAUGUUUCGAGCGUUUGUUGCUUGUCGAUUGUCUUCGAAGCUGCUAUGCUUUUGAUACACAAAAUUGGGAUUCGGUUCGGGUCACUUCUUGAUAACUCCAUCGGCACUGCUACUUCAUCGCAGAGGAAGAGCUCCAAUCACUCCGAGGCUGAAUUGAAGAGGGAAACUCAUCCGAUUUCGAUUUCAGAGCUUCAGCCUGAUUGCAGACAGAGGUCAAAUUUGUGGUCGCGCUUCAGGUCUCAUAUUCGCAUUCGCAGCAGGCUAUUGCCAUAUUUUUGGACAUUGAAACUUUUGUCGCAUCCUCUCCCUCUGGCACUUUGGCGUUCGGAAGACUGGCGCCGAGUGGCGGGCAUGGGUAGCGUGAAAAGCCACAUUGGGGAUUGGGACCUGGCUGUCAUAUGGUGGUUGAAGAGCAAGUGCUGGGAAGACGUUCAAGGAGGCCCUCCUCCAUUAUGGAGCCUGAUAGAGGUCUAUGCGAUACGGUGGAGAGGCUUUGGUUCAGAGAAGCGAAAACUUUACGCUGAAAAAGAUGCUGGAGACGGAUGUCACUUUGUCGGUGUGCGCACUGUGCAAUCUGCACUGAUCGACGCAGAUAGCACACUCGGCCAGAUGCAAAAUAUGUGUUUCUCGGAUGGCUUGGGUACGCUUUUCAGGCUCAAUUCACGAUCAGGAGCUAGGAUACUGAGAAUGCCUUGUCCCCGAACAGCGUCGUUACCAGCGGCGAAUGCUGGGCUGGAGCUGGAGCUGGUGGGGCGAGGUACAGCGUCUUAA